AUGUCUCCACCGCUCCUCGCUCUCCCGCUCGAUCUCCUCCGCAUGAUUAUGGAUUUUCUCCCCAUUGAUCAGACUCUUUUCGCCCUCUCGUGCACCUGCUGUGCCCUCCACACCCUGCUCGCCCCCGUCCUCGCCCCGAGAGUCAACACCGUCCUCCGCUGGGCGGCGGAGAACAACCAGGCCACCCUGUUCGAGUGGGCCAUAGCUCAGGGCGCGGCCAUACCGUCCGGUCGCGAUGGUGCCGCCAUGCUCUAUAAAGCAAUCGACCGAGGAGGAUAUGCGGGCAUUAUGCGUGUGCUCCUGGAGCGCGGGGCCGCACACAUACCGUCCGGCCGCGAUGGAGAGCUCUUACUCGGCAAAGCGGUCGACCGAGGAUACGUUGGCGUUGUGCGUGUGCUCCUGGGUCACGGGGCCGACCCAAACAAGGGAUUCUGGGGUGCCCCACCACUGGCGAACGCGGCGUGUGGGGGCGAUGUGGCCAUCGUCAGGAUGCUCCUGGAGGCUGGAGCAGACGUUAGUGCGCUGCAGAGGUAUUCGGCGGAUCUGGCACGGAGGAGAAAGUACUGGGCAAUGGCGUCGCUGUUGGAUGCACUUGAGCAUGGGCAUUACAAGUAUUUGCCGCGAUCGAAGAUGUAUAGCAAGCGUGGAUAG